UCCCCUCCUCCCUCUCAUCUCUCCCCUCCUCCCUCUCAUCUCUCCCCUCGUCCCUCCAUCUGUCUGUGUUUGGAUUUCACAGAAAUAACCUGUUGCAUUCAGGGGCAGACUGACAUAUAGGCAGACCUCUAUAGCAUAUACACACAUCUAAACUGACAACACAUUCACACAGCUAUGGAGAGAGACAGAUGAUUUAGUCUGUGGUUUACUACUCAAUGUUAGUACACAGUGAGUUGGUUUUGAGGUUGUGUGGCUGGUUGACUGGCUGGGACGGCACAAUCUAGUGUCUAGCAUUCUACAGGGACGGAGGACAACAGGAAGGGACGGAGGACAACAGGAAGGUGAAGCCUGAAAAAGACCAAAUGUGAAGAUGACGGGGCAGGUGUUGGGUGAGGGUACUGAGCUGGCGUCUCAGAGGCUGUCAGUGAAGACAUGGCUGGACGAGGAAUGUGAGAGAGCAGACAGCAACCUGAGUCGAGGCCAGUCUAUGUGUGAUGACACGUCGUCAGAACUACAACGGAUGGCUGUCAUUGACCGGAGAGGACUCACCUCCCAGAACUCCUUCAGAGGGAGAGGAGCCAUGUCAAGGUUGGUCAGCAUGGUGGUGACUUUGAGAGAGUGGGCUCAUAAGAGUUUGGUUGAGGAGCAAGAGAGACCUGAUUCGUUCCUGGAAAGGUUCCGAGGCCCUGAUCUGCAGGCUCCGCCCAGCAGGAUCAGCCAAUCACGACCGGAUGCUGAGCCCACUGACCACAACGACCACAUACACACUAAGAGUCCAGGUAUGUUGAUAUUAUCUCCAGCUGAUAAUAUCUAUUACCACUGGCUCCUGAUCAUCUCGACUGCUGUGCUCUACAACUGGUGCCUCCUGGUGGCCAGGGCAUGUUUUGAUGAGCUUCAGACGAGUGGUGCCAUCGUGUGGCUGGUGUUGGACUACCUGUGUGACGGUCUCUACAUCUUGGACACAGCCGUCAGGCUACGCACAGGUUUCCUGGAGCAGGGUCUGUUGGUGAAGGACCUCUCUAAACUGAGAGACAGUUAUCUGAAGACGGUUCAGUUUAAACUAGACCUGUUGUCUAUCCUGCCUACUGACCUGUUCUACCUAUCUCUGGGAAUACACACUCCUCUCCUCCGCUUCAACAGACUGCUGCGGUUCAACCGCAUGUUCGAGUUCUUCGACCGUACAGAGACCAGGACCAGUUACCCCAACGCCUUCCGCAUCACUAACCUGGUCCUUUACAUACUGGUGAUCAUCCACUGGAAUGCCUGUAUGUACUACUCCUUCUCCAAGGCCCUGGGACUGGGGUCUGACUCCUGGGUGUAUCCCAACCAGACAACUCUGUCACGGGGUUACAUCUACUGCCUCUACUGGUCCACCCUCACCCUCACCACCAUAGGAGAGACACCGCCACCCGUACGAGAUGAGGAGUUCCUCUUUGUGGUCUUUGACUUCCUGGUAGGCGUGUUGAUCUUCGCCAGCAUCGUGGGGAACGUGGGAGCCAUGAUCUCCAAUAUGAACGCUACGCGGGCAGAGUUCCAGAGCCGCAUCGACCAGGUCAAACACUACAUGCAGUUCAGACACGUCAGCCGUGACCUGGAGCACCGUGUCAUUCGCUGGUUCGACUACCUCUGGACCAAUCAGAAGGCGGUAGACGAACAGGAAGUUCUGAAGAGCCUGCCCAAUAAACUGAGGGCUGAGAUCGCUAUCAAUGUGCACCUGGAAACUUUAAAGAAGGUGCGUAUCUUCCAGGACUGUGAAGCAGGCCUGCUAGUAGAGUUGGUAUUGAAGCUGCGUCCCCAGGUCUUCUCUCCAGGAGAUUAUAUCUGUCGUAAAGGAGAUAUUGGGAAGGAGAUGUACAUUAUUAAAGAUGGCCGCUUGGCGGUGGUGGGAGAUGAUGGAGCUACUCAGCUGGCCAUGCUCACUUCAGGAAGCUGCUUCGGGGAGAUCAGCAUCCUGAACAUCCGGGGCAGUAAGAUGGGAAACAGGAGAACAGCUAACAUCCGUAGCCUUGGUUACUCUGACCUGUUCUGUCUGUCUAAGAGAGAUCUGACCGAGGCACUCAGUGACUUCCCUCAUGCUAGAACCCAGUUGGAGCAGAGGGGGCGGGAUAUCCUCAGGAAGGAGGGGCUACUGGAUGAAGUGGGAGGAGAUAGCCUGGGAGUGGAGGAAAUGGAGGAGAAGGUGGAGAAGUUGGAGGCGUGUGUGGAUCGUCUCCAGACGCGGUUGGCACGUUUACAAAUGGAGUAUGCCACCGCGCAGCAACGUCUGAAGCAGCGAAUCACGGCUCUGGAACACAGCGUCGGCACCACGGUUACCGUCGGAAGCGGUUUCCUGUCCGACGCCGAUGGCAAUGAGAGUGGCGGUGACGACGGAGCACGCAGUGAGAUCAACAUCAGACUGUGACAACAACGCUGUAUCGCCAUAGAGACAGCUGGAAGAGCGUUUAUCUUAUUUGCUCUGUUUUAUUUAGUUAGAUUGAAUAUUUUGUGGCAGAUUUGAUAUCUGUUGUUGUUGUUGUUUUCGUCUGUCAGCAGGGUGUCGCUGUGUUUAAUGAUGGUGUAACGCUGAGUCUACCUGUAAACUACUGUAUGUUCAACAAUGUAAAAACAAAACUGUCUCUUGAAAAACAUGUUGAACAAAUUAUUUCACCUUAAAUUCCUGUUAAUGACAACCCAAAUAAUAACUUCCAAUAGUUUUUUUUAACUUGAUGGUCAUUUUUUUAAAUACCAACAGGAAAUAACAGCUCUCUACCAGGCGGUUGAGAAGUCAACAGGAAAUAACAGAGCUCUCUACCAGGCAGUUGAGAAGUCAACAGGAAAUAACAGAGCUCUCUACCAGGCGGUUGAGAAGUCAACAGGAAAUAACAGAGCUCUCUACCAGGCGGUUGAGAAGUCAACAGGAAAUAACAGAGCUCUCUACCAGGCGGUUGAGAAGUCAACAGGAAAUAACAGAGCUCUCUACCAGGCGGUUGAGAAGUCAACAGGAAAUAACAGAGCUCUCUACCAGGCGGUUGAGAAGUCAACAGGAAAUAACAGCUCUCUACCAGGCGGUUGAGAAGUCAACAGGAAAUAACAGAGCUCUCUACCAGGCGGUUGAGAAGUCAACAGGAAAUAACAGAGCUCUCUACCAGGCGGUUGAGAAGUCAACAGGAAAUAACAGAGCUCUCUAAGAGGCGGUUGAGAAGUCAACAGGAAAUAACAGAACUCUCUACCAGGCAGUUGAGAAGUCAACAGGAAAUAACAGCUCUCUACCAGGCGGUUGAGAAGUCAACAGGAAAUAACAGCUCUCUACCAGGCGGUUGAGAAGUCAACAGGAAGUAACAGCUCU